GGGGUGCUGAGCUGUCACCGAACCGGCUUUGCCAGGACGCUGCGAGGAUUUUUUUUGGCUACAAAACCCGCGGCGGAUCGCGCUGCCUGCCUGGCCUGGAGCCACUGCGCCUCACUGAGCACUGAGCCGUCGCUGCUGCUGCACCGAGGAAUGAGCCGUGGACAUCGUGGGAACCCCCUUCGCUCGCAUUGGUGACCUUGUAGAAGGAAGCUUUCAAACGCAGUGCCGCUUAUUUAUCCGUUAGUUAGCAAAGCAGACGAGUCCAGGCCGUGUGUUCAAUGCAAUCCAGGUCGCGUCUUCCCACGAGUCCGACUGGGGUGUCGAGUCCAAGGCAUUCGUUAUCUGCUGUAAACAACCCGCAGAGCCCAAGGGAGCGUCUCUGGUUUCAAGCAGCGUUUAGAGUGCAGUAUUUAGAUUAUUUGGCUGCUAUCCACAUCCAACAUGACGAGCCACUUUGUUGAGCUAUCAUUUGUGAUGGGCAGGUCGCUUAGGAAAAAUAAGCCAAUAGCUCAGUGGGGCAUUACACUUGGUAAAAUAAAAUUAGUUGAGUUUUAUUUUCAUGUUUUUUUACCAUCAUGGUGAACGCCGAUGGGCAUUUGUGUUGCUGCGUGUGCAUGCGCGUUGAGUAGCCGUGCUUGUGAAUGUGAAACAACAACGCAGCUGAAGUAAGCGGUGGGUGCGGCUGUGAAUGGCCGGCACGGGGAUCUGCAGUCCCGAACAAGGUGAGAGUGAGAGACGGCGACAUCGCCAGCAGUGGGUGAUGGAGGCAGGUAGAGUUGGUGAUGGAUUCACACUGCUAGCAAAAGGCUCAAGAUUCCAGGAUCUGUCACGGGAGGCUACAGACAAAUUCCAUCUCAGAUGCCACGAUGACAUUCAAGCAACUCGUCACGUUGGGGUAAUUACACGGAGGUGGAAUUACAGGACAUGAUGGGACGGCUACAACUAUGCCAACAUUUUUUUAUUUUACCAGGCAAGGCUCACUGAGCUGUGUAGCUAUUUCUCAGAAACGACCUGACCAGAAAUGAUGGCUUAUCACGUGGUAAUGUAUUUGACCAACUACUCUAAACGCGUGAUGUUGAUUGUGAAUGUGGAAGGGAAGAACCGGAGGGUCCGGAGAAAAAUUCACGCGACCAUGGAGAGAGAGAGAGACGCAAACUUUAAAUAUAAAGCAGGCGUCAGGGUCUGGAUCAAACCCCACCACCCCUUGUAUACCGGGCGAGGGAGAUAACAUUUUGCCACCAACUUGCUGUAGAAGUUCAUCUCUCGACACUCAUCUCACGAAUGAGCCACCGCAGCUGAGCCUCACCGAUUUAUAUUAACAGCGCUCAUUUCUGUAAAUGUCAAGGUGUGUACAGUAGCCGUGUUCACCUUGAGCCUGCUGUUUGCACACCAAUAAGCGCGGGUUCACAUUCCAGGCAGUGUCUCGUGAUGUCAGUGACGACAAUGAAACUAUUUAAAGUAUUUUACUUCCUUCUUCACCGUCGCUAUAAGAGAGAGGUCCUGGUCCAGCGUCUCUCUGCGCCACACAGCGAGCGAUCCCAGCGAAGCCAUGGGUCAUGGCGAGCGCGACUCCCAGUGAGAGUGUGGAUAGUAAGCUGCGCUGCUCCAUCUGCCUGGGCACGUUCGUCUGCCCCUCCACGCUGAGCUGCGGACACUCGUUCUGCCUGCGGUGCCUGGAGGCCGCCUGGGAGACGGCGAGCAGUUUCAGCUGCCCGCAGUGCCGAGCGACCUUCCCUGUGCGACCCCAGCUGAGGAGGAACGUGGCCCUCGUCAACCUGGCGGAGCAGCUCAGAGUUGGGGACGGGAUGGCCACGGCCGUCGUGUGUGACCACUGCGGUGAUGGCCACAUUCCUGCAGUGAACACCUGCCUGAGAUGUGAGAUGUCCUUCUGUGCCACGCACUUGAGGCCUCAUGUAGAUAAUCCCAGGCUGAGAGACCACGUCCUGGUGGCCCCCAUCGCGAACCUGGAGGAGCGACGGUGUCGGGAGCACAGACACGACCUCAUUCUUUACUGUGAACAAGAUGAGAUCCCGGUCUGCACAGUUUGUGCCCUUGGAGGAGACCACUCUGGACACAACGUCAUCGCAGUGGAAAAAGAGCAACAGACCAGACAGGAGGAGCUCAGAGUCAAGAAGGAGGGGAGAGAGGAGAAGAGGAACGCGGUGGCGUCACGGACACGGACGCUCAGGGACGACUACCGGCGCGUGGAGGAGUCUCUGCGUGAGACCAAGAAGCGGAUCAAGCGAAAGUUUGGGCGCCGGAGGGAGCAGCUGAAGAAGGAGGAGAGGGAGGCGCUGGAGCGCGUGGACGAGGAGGGCCUCUCCGUGCUGUCCCGCAUCCAGGCGGACAUCGCUCACUACGAGAGCAGAGCACGCGGCCUGGAGCAGGAGAUCAACCAGCUGCUCGCUGCCCUCGCCGUGCAGGACCCCCUCUCCUUCCUGCAGGAACCCCUGCAUGAGAGUCUCAGGAGCUCGGACUUGCAAGGGAUCCAGGAUGCGCCUCCUCCCACAUUCAGUCACCAAGAGCUCACAGAGGUCAUCUCGCUAGGAGGAGUUAAAAUGAAGCGCAUUGCUCUCGUGUAUGGACGCUCACCGACUCUGGACACAAACUCAGCCCACGACGACCUCCAGAUUUCCCCGGAUCUCAGGACGGUGACGCUGAGCGAUGUCCCCCAGGGUCGCCCCCAUCACCCACACCGCUUUGAUGUCUAUCCACAAGCGCUGUGCUCUGAGAGCUUCUCGUCGGAUCAGCACUACUGGGAGGUGGACGUGGGGAGCGCGAGGCGGUGUCGGGUUGGAGUCACGUACGGGACGAUCCCACGGAGAGGGGUUGGUGCUGAGUGCUGCCUGGGAGAGAGCGACGUCUCCUGGUGUCUACUGAAAGAUGGCGACAGCUUCUCAGUGAUGCAUGGCGGGGUAGUGACGUCACUGUCGGUGCCGCAGCCUCCGCGGAGAGUCGGGGUCCACCUGGACUGCGACGCGGGGCUGCUGUCGUUUUACAGCGCAGACUCCAUGGCGCUGUUGCACUCGUUUCACCAAACAUUCACUCAGCCUCUACACCCUGGGCUGGGGGUGUGGGGUGGUGUUGGUGGCUCAGUGAGGAUCGUGGAUCUGAGUGUUGCGUCCUGAGAGAGGUGAACGUGAACAGCGCAGAGGGCAGACGCCACGACGCACGGCGCUCGCCACCCUCGUCACCGUCACGCGCAGCGCCACGCCCGUGACUGGCUGGUGGCUGUCGGUGGCUAGGGGCUGCGUGGCUCUCCAUCACAACGGGGCGGGGGCUGAGCGUAAACAAUCUGUGUGUGUUUGAAGCCAACGUGGAUGUAUUCACCCUGCCAGAGGAGUGUGACUGUGGUGUAGGGUGCAGUGAUUAGCAAUGGUGAACUGGGAUGUGUUUAUACACUGGUGGUGUCAUGGGUUGUGGGAGAGAUGCAACAACAAUAAUAAUAUUAAUUUUAAUUAGUAUAAAUGUACGCGCACGACAGUGGCGUUGUAACGCUUGUAUCGUCGAUUCUACAAUAAAAAUACAGAACACAACAACAACAA